AUGAGGGACUUUGUUUCAGACUGGUCUCCUUUACAUGAGGCCUCUAUCCAUGGGCGUCUGCUUUCCCUGAAGAAGCUCAUUGAACAGGGGAAUGAUGUCAAUCUUGUUACAGCAGACCAGGUGUCUCCUCUCCAUGAAGCCUGCCUAGGGGGUCAUGCUGCCUGUGCCAGUGUCCUGCUAAAACAUGGUGCUCAGGUGAAUGGAGUGACUGUUGACUGGCACACACCCCUGUUCAACUCCUGUGUCAGCGGCAGUGUGGCUUGCUUGAAUUUACUGCUGGAACAUGGAGCCAGCCUGCAACCACCCUGUGACCUGGCAUCCCCCAUCCACGAAGCUGCUAAGAGAGGUCAUGUGCAAUGUGUCGAACUCCUAGCGUCCCGUGGGGUGAAUAUAGACAACAACAUCAAGCACCUGGGUACUCCACUCUAUGUGGCAUGUGAGAACCAGCAAGUGAGCUGUGCCAAGAAGCUGCUUGAGUCAGGAGCAAACGUGAACAGCGGCAAGGGCCUGGACUCGCCUCUGCACACGGCUGCCAGGAGUUGCAGCGUGGAGCUGGUGAAGCUGCUGAUGGACUUUGGAGCAGACCUGUGGCUGAAGAAUGCUGAAAACAAGAGGCCAGUGGAGCUGGUCCCACCUGGCUGCCCUGUGGGCCAGCUGUUCCUGCAGAGAGAAGGGCCACUGUCCUUGAUGCAGCUGUGCCGCCUGUGCAUCAGGAGGUGCUUUGGACACCAGCAGCAUCAAAAAAUAGCUGGACUUCUCCUCCCAGACGAGCUGAAACAUUUCCUUCUCCACAUUUGA